AUGAGCGCGCUCCGGCCGCGCGCCCGCCGCGCGCCGCUGCUGCUCGCGCUGGCCGCCGCUCUGUUGCCGCACGCCGACCGAGUCGCCGGCGGCGGCGGCGGCGGGAGCAUGUUCGGGGACGUCAAUAUAUCCUCUAUUCUGGACUCCUUCAGCAUAAGUUACGAUAAGAGGGUUCGGCCAAACUAUGGAGGUCCGCCGGUGGAGGUGGGCGUCACCAUGUAUGUGCUCUCUAUCAGCUCCGUGUCGGAAGUGCUCAUGGACUUCACGUUGGAUUUUUACUUCAGACAAUUUUGGACAGACCCCCGGCUCGCGUAUAAAAAGCGAGCCGGGGUCGAGACGCUCUCGGUCGGCUCUGAGUUCAUCCGCAACAUCUGGGUGCCCGACACGUUCUUCGUGAACGAGAAGCAGUCGUACUUCCACACCGCCACUACCAGCAACGAGUUUAUCCGAAUUCAUCACUCGGGUUCCAUCACACGCAGCAUCAGGCUCACCAUCACCGCGUCGUGCCCCAUGAACCUCCAGUACUUCCCCAUGGACCGCCAGCUGUGCCACAUCGAGAUCGAGAGCUUCGGCUACACGAUGCGGGAUAUCCGGUACAAAUGGAACGAGGGGCCCAACUCGGUGGGCGUGUCUAACGAGGUGUCGCUCCCGCAGUUCAAGGUGUUGGGCCAUCGCCAACGCGCCAUGGAAAUAUCUCUGACGACAGGAAACUACUCGCGGUUGGCGUGCGAGAUCCAGUUCGUGCGGUCGAUGGGCUACUACCUGAUCCAGAUCUACAUCCCGUCCGGCCUGAUCGUGAUCAUAUCGUGGGUCUCAUUCUGGCUGAACCGCAACGCGACGCCGGCGCGCGUGCAGCUCGGCGUCACCACCGUGCUCACGAUGACCACGCUCAUGUCUUCCACAAACGCGGCGCUGCCCAAGAUCUCCUACGUCAAGUCCAUCGACGUCUACCUCGGCACUUGUUUCGUGAUGGUGUUCACCAGUCUGCUAGAGUACGCCACGGUGGGGUACAUGUCCAAGCGGAUACAGAUGAGAAAGCAGAGGUUCGUGGCGAUACAAAAGAUAAUGUCGGAGAAGAAGAUGCCGGCGGAGUGCGCGCCGCCGUGGGACGCGCACUCGCUCAGCAAGGCGGGCAGCCUCAGUCGCGGCGCGCCCCCGCCCCCGCGCCACUCGCUGGGCGGCGCGCCCCCGCCGCCGCCGCGCCAGCACGGCUCGCUGCACGGCUCCGUGGACCGCUCCGGGGACCGCUGCCGCCACCUGCAGGAGGUGCGCUACAAGGCGCGCGACCCCAAGGCGCACUCCAAGGGCGCCACGCUCGAGAGCUCGCUCGAGGACAACCCCGCGCCCUCGCUGCACACGCUGCACCCCACCAAGGACUACGGCAAGUUCUUGGGCAUGACGCCGUCAGACAUCGACAAGUACUCGCGCAUCGUGUUCCCGGUGUGCUUCGUGUGCUUCAACCUGAUGUACUGGAUCGUGUACCUGCACGUGUCCGACGUGGUGGCCGACGACCUGGUGCUGCUGGAGGAGAACAAGUGAAGCCUCGUCCGCACUGUACAUACCUCAUGUAUUAUAGAACGCUAGUGUCACGCCCCUCCUACACUCAACUGACGGUCUGAACUUCGUACUUCAC